AUGAACGAGCUCAUCAUGGUCGCCUUCGGCGUUGCCGUUAUCCAGCAGCUAUUGUCUUCGCUCACAACGGACACACCGGGAGCCGUUUCCGCGGAAGAUGCGGCCGACUUUGCCGAAAGCUUUGCAAGGAGCUGCUUGUUGCCCCAGCCCCCCGACCAAAGCGAGGCCCUCGUACCGUGGCCCGCUGUCUCCGCGGGUGCUGCAAGAGCGGCAUGCCUCGUAGGGUUGAGUUGCGUUGCGGGAGGCAUGUUGGACAAGGGCACCUUGUUUCUGUUCGAGGUGGGGUUGAAGACCUUCAUCAACUUAAUUAUAAUCCGAAGCCUGCGUUUCCUCGCAUCGAUGUUUCAAGGACCAUUGUAACAACGCAUGCAUGGGCGAAGAAAGCCGGGGUGCAGGGGAGGCCCGGAUCACAGAGCAUGGACACAUUGGCGCCGAAUCAGGCGCUGAAAAAAUAACGGGAGGGGGGUGGGCAACGCGGAAUCAGGUUCUAGGGAACGGUUCUGCCGUGUGCGAGGUGCAACGAGGUCUGAGGGAGCAGGCAACGGCGCGGGGGGUGGAAUCCCCGGCCGUCGCCGUGGCUCAUCAGCAUCUUCGGCUGCGAUACGACGGGGAACGCUGUAACGGUCUGUUACCUCGCAAUCAGACGCAAAUGUACCAGUCAGUGACGGCAGCUGCAGCUGCUGCAGCAGCAACAGCAACAGCGACAUCAACAUAAGGAAAUCAUUCAACAAAGCAUUGUGGAGUGUACGGGGUCCCAGAUGGAAAAUGCCAGGUUAGCACUCGUGUUGGUGGCAAAAGAGGAACUAUAUAAUGUGGUAAUGCAACAGAGUGAUCGAUCUCUCCGUAUGAUAGUAAAUGGCGAUGCGAUUGCCCCACCCGGCCCUUGAGAUAGCCCGUGACGAUUUAGAAGCAUUGCGUGUGCCUCACUGUACCCUGUUCGUUCAUUUGGAAUAUUGUGGCACUAAACGUCUACAGCCUGUGUUGAGAAUUGGACCUGGGAUAAGUUCCGUCUGCCAUGGAGUACAGGUUCAGCUCCUAGAAUAGCGGGCUGACAAGAGUAUGCGAUCGAUUCGGAACGGUCUGUUGUAAUGCAUACAAGCUUGGCCUACGAGGGCAUCGGUUGAUUCCCACGGCAUUUUCUGGUGGGGGUUUGUCCCUAGAGCGCUGGCUGCUGAGGCUCAAGACAAUUUCGUGGUAGGGUAGACUAGCAUACCAGUGGAAGUGUGAUGUGGUCUGAGUCUAACUUGCAGCUCGUAGAUGUGAUUCGCGUACACUACUCGGUUGGUAUUGAGUGCUUGGCCUUUGUUGUGUGCACGCGCGUGAUGAAAGCACUCUCACGUAUGUCACGUGCCUUCACGCUUGCCAUGUCUUGGAUGAGGCAGAUUCGAUUCAAGAUAUUUUUCGGGGCUGAGAUACGAAGUAUUGGUUUUUGUUCAUGUUGGGAAUUCUCUGAUGCGCCACGAUUGUUGCGCUUGGGUAUUUCCGCGUCUUUCUUGGAACACCUGCUGUGGAGGCCAUUAUUUUUUGUCGUGUACUCCAUGGGAUCACGAAGACCGGAUGGACAGCGUGGCGGCAAGAUCAAGGUCCUUCUGUAGUCGUCGACAUAGACCAGGUCAGGUGAUCAUAGUGUAGCGUGAGGUUGGUUUGUGGUCGUCAUUGUGGUGUGCAGGCAUCCGAGUUAAAGUGCAUGUAUGUGGGAGUGAGAGUUAUAUCGUGAUCGUGUGGGCUCGGGGUUUUGAAUCCACCGGCGAUGUGUUUGUUUCUGUGUUGUGUGUGUGCAUGUGUGGUGUCCGUUUUGUGUUGUGAGCAGGUGGGUGGUAGAACAAACAAUGCUGUUCAUGUCGAAAUGAAUGUUUGUCGCCAACUCGAUGUCCCCGUUGGAUGCAAUUGGUCGUCCUUUUUUCUCCGGCACAUCCCUUCUAGUUGUUCCCACCUUCUCAUUGGGAUUGGCCGGGAGAGGUAGGGGGUGGGUUGUAGGGGUAAGGGGGGUAAGGGCGUGGGGGAGAUGGGGAGGAGUGUAAGAAGGUAACGGGAGUAAGGGAGGGUUAUGGGGGGUAAGGAGGGUAAGGGAAACAUUAGUGAUGUUGAAGCCCGAUGUAGGGUAACACUACCUCAGCCCUAUAUAUAUAGCUGCAGAUGGCGCUUCAACAUCCUUUGGAAACCACACGCGAACAUACGAAGAGCUCCCACCUUUAAACUGCUGCGGGUACGUGGAGACAAUGCUUAGGGCAGAGCAUACCACGUCUUGCAUGAUGAGUAUGGUUCCUUCUAUUUUUUAGCGGGAUGCCGUCCCUUCUCACAGCCAGCGGCGAGUGGGGUUGGCUUGACCGUCGAAAGAAAGCGCCGACGAUGCGCACCCUCGGGCUUGGUGGAGAUGCGACGGUGGUAUUUUGUUCCUGCGGGACAAUACCGUUCUGUAUGAUUCUGGUUGAGCUGAAGUGUCAUCUCUUGGUGGUACAGCAGUUGUUAAUGUUCGAAAAUCGCGGCGGGGGAUUUGUAGGUUAUGCCACGAUUUCUCUCGCUGCAGUUUUUCUUCUUGUUUCCAGGAUGGUGUAUUAUUGGUGGGUUGAAUUUCGUGUCUGGAGACUUGUAGCGGGUUGCAUUGUGCUAUAUUUUAAUCUACUUGCAUUUUGUGUGCGUUGAUUCACUUGAUGUACCUAUUGUGCGCCGUUUCCUGCGAUUAAGACGGAGCAUUGAUUGGAUUGGAUUAAUGUUUUGGGAGAUGUUGCAGCAGGGGGCUGUUUAAGAUCUUGUGUUCGGGGAGAUGAUGCAGCAGGAGGGCUAUUGAAAAUUUCUUCCAUGUUGUCUCGAUGUUGGAGAAACGGCAUAGUCGAGGAACGGCAUUUUGCAGGCGCCGGGGUUUGGACUUUGUUUUAUUGCCGUACGUGGUACGGUAAUAUUUCCGAGCGAUGUAUAGGAGGAAGGAUUUGGCAUAUUUUGAUUAAGGUAUGGUUGAGGCCUAUGUGCUUCCGAAGCUUUUUUGACAAUGGUCAGUAAGUUGAAGGAUGGUUCUAUGCGACGAUUUUGUUCGAAGCAAUAAUUGACGCGUUUUCCCGGAGGCAUCCGUCUCGAGUCUUUAUGACGCGGCGACUCCGAUGUAAUUAUUGAUCUCUGCUGAACAUUUUCCUAGGAUAAUUAUUUGUAUUUGACUGCCUGAGAAUCGGUUGCGACGACAUUUUCUCGAAAGGGGUGAUUGUUAAGACUCUAGUUAAAUUCCAUCGUGGAUUAAGGAGGAAUCCUAAUAUGAAACUUGAGUAUACAGUAGUAUAGAUCCGGGAGUUGAAAUGAUCUGUGAAUAUGAACGAUGGAAGGUUUUCAGGGUUUGUUGCCGUUUCACCUGGCGAUACGUACGGAGGAUUUCUUCGUAGACCGUGUCUCGUACCGAGUAGGGGGGGUGUUGUGUGUACUCGACAGAGUACGCAUCCCCGAGAUCUUCGGGGGGUACGCAGAUGUGAUAUAAUAAAGUAACUUGAGCC